AUGCGUUGUAACUGCUCCAAUCACGCCUUCUCCACUCAGAAUACAAUACCAGAUAAUACCGAGACUCUUGGGCCCCUGCACUACCAGCAACCAAGACAGAUCUUAACCGCUGAAAAUGGAGACCAUGCCUUAGAGCAAUCAUGCCCUCAAGCACUUGCAGCAAGUGCAAGUACAGAUCCCGAAAAGGCUGUAUCUUUCCAGUCUCCUCCCUCAACACGUUUUGCAUACCAACAGAAUCAGCGUCAAAUACGUACCAAAUUCUGGCAGAAUUUGCUGAAUCGGCGUUUCUCAUCUCCACACCCGCCAGUGCCUGCAUCUAUGGCGAAAGCUGAUUUGGAGACGGAACUAGGUCCGUCAGCGUGGCCAUCGCAGCGGACCCCUGAGGAGGUGGCAUCGGCUAAGGUGCUAGGAGAUGAGCCCUCUGUUCUCUCUCGUGUACCCUCUAUUGAAUCGGAUGGAAGUGGACUACUCGGAGAAGGGCCCCCUUGCAUUGUUCCCAGCAAUGUCACGACAAUCCAGCAGCCUUCGCAGCAAAAACAGCACCAACAGAUUUCACGAAGCGGUAGCUUUUAA